AUGCACCUCUCUGGCCAUAUGCUCACGUCACCAGAAUCCUGCAUCCCAGAGAAGCCUCCAAAGCGCUACCGUUCCCACAAAGACGAUACCUCCAUUACCUCGCAGUUCUUGACUCGGCAGAUGUGGCUCAACAAGCGUCUCGAAGCGGUCAACGGUGUGGUCUCCCCAUCCUUAGUCCCUAGAGGCUACUCGCCGAAGCGAAUUCCAAUUCCAUACAAUGGAAAACCACCGCAGGAUAGAAAAGACUGGCCUGUCAAAUGCUCCAUUUGUGGAGACGGUUUCAAAAACCGAGUAUCAGUUCGAAAGCAUUUUCCAGUCUGCGUAGAGAGAAACGGAAAUCCGGAAGGGAAGCGGUGGCACGAUGCUUUUGAGUGCGAUCAGUCGACAUGGCAUUACAAAAAGCGGAGUCUUAAUGAGCCCCAAAAUGCGAGCUUGAAUAAAGAAGUCCCAGAGCCUGGUUUGGUGGGGCUGGUCCUGCCUUCGAAUAUUCACCUGAGGAUAGCCCGCUAUAAACCGGCUGCUGGGUCUUCGCCUGAACAGGCACCCGUACCGAAAUCUCGUGUCGUCAAGAGUGACCCGAGGAUUCCAAGUAGCUCGGAUCCACUUCCAGAAAAGCAACAAAUAUGCGAGGACGACUGGUGGAUGUCAGCAUUUCUCAAGGGCUACGACUCAGGAGGUGGAGAUACCGUGACCGAUAAUCAAAGCAUCGACAUGGACAUCUCGGAUUCGAGUGAGGCUCACAACUCCAGCACCCUAGAGAUGUUAGAGUCCAGUGAAGAUCGCAACCGCAGCAACAUCGACAUACCAGAGCAAAGUGAUGGUCACAUUUUGUGA